AUUUGCCACCUUCAUACUAAACAAAUGGCAGCGUCAAGUGCUUUCUUAUUUCUUCUGCUAGCAAUUCCGGCAGUCUACGGUGCUCAGCACAUCGUCGGAGGCAGCUCCGGAUGGACCAAUUUCGGAGUAGAUUACGACACUUGGGCUGCUGGUGAAACUUUCACUGUUGGUGACACUCUUGUGUUCACCUACGGUAGCAACCACCAAGUAGCUGAAACAAAUGAGGGCGACUAUAACAGUUGCAGUUCCAGUAACGCCAUUGCAACCCACUCCGGCGGAAGCACCACAGUUACCUUAUCCAAAUCAGGACCAAAGUAUUUCAUUUGUCCGACCGGCGGUCACUGCGGCAGUGGCAUGAAACUCUCAGUUAAUGUUAUGGAUGCCAGCACCACCCCCGGCACCACUCCGGCCACUCCUACUCCUUCUGGUGGCAACACCACCCCUACUCCAGAGGCUGGCACCCCACCUUCUACAACUUCGUCGCGACCACCUCCACCGUCCGGUAAUGGGGCCGAUAGCCUAGUUCGGAAUUUGAUGGUUGGUGCUUUGGUUGUGUUUGGAUCCACUGUUACAUUAAUGUGCUAGGGGAGAGGCAGUGCUGCUAUGUUUUGAUGUUGUCACGUUCGAUUGUGUGUUGAUCAAAUUGUGUGUGUUUUUAGUUUUUAUUAUUGUACAAGAGAUUCUUAGAAUAAUCAAUGAAUUUUACUCAUAA